CUCGGCUCGCCUACAGCCGCAGCUGGCGCCCCUCCCCAGUACAGAAGCUGUAGUGUAGCUGUAGUGCUCAUCUGCUCACUCAUCUUCAGCGAGGACGCGUCGCGCGUGCUCUGCGGCGGCCCACGCGCACACCAGCCUAAGCGCCGCGCGCCGCCGGGCGGCCCCCGGGCGCGCGCGCGGACCAAGCCCACAAAGCGCAGCCAUGGCGGAAGCCCCCGCGCCCGCCGCGUGGAAGGCCGGCUUCCUCGACGACAAGACCAAGAAGCGGCCCGGCGACGCGAAGGGCAAAGUACCGGAUAAAAAGGCCAAGGUUAAGCCCGCCGAGGUGCCCGGGAAGUACGUGCCGAAACUCGUGAUACCGGGCGACGGCCCGUUCGGGGACAUCGAGGUCGAGCCUUCGCUACAUGUGCCCCAACCCAAACUAGGCCCGAUGCUCAUGCCUAUACCAAGCUUACUCCCACAAGUCGUGCAACAUAAGCGGUGUUCGCUCGACGAUCCGAAGCACUGGACGCUGCAUGUCGAGCCGGGGUUAGGGGUGGAGAUCGACUUGAUACGAGGCGACACGCCACCCGGCGACCCGACCAAUGUCCUACCACCGGAGGACGAGGCCAUCCUCAAAGCCCUGGAACCUCUAUUAAAACAAGCCACUAUCAGUGACGCGGGCGACGUUCUCGCCAAGGGCAAGAAAAAGGCGAAGGACGCCGUCUGGCUGAAGAACACCACUUACUUGUCGAACAACUUACAUGCGCCCGUGCACGCCUUUGGUUCUCGGUCGAAGGAGCAACGCGAGCAACAGCGCGCCGUCGACCAAGCUGCUGUUUCGAAAUUACAAGGUGUCGGUGGGGAGUCAGAUAUUCAGAAGUCGUUUAGUGAUGCCGCUUCACUUAAUAAGGAUACGUUGCGGCACCCGACGAAGCCGCACCUCAGGGCCGAAUAUGUGUUACCGGUCGCGCCGGACUCAGCGUUGUGGGCGAAUUCUUAUGUGCAAGUCUCGAUCGCGGACGACCCCGACGCGCCAUUUAGGAACAAAUUGGAUGGGAAUGGUCAACCACUACCGUUACCUACGGAAGCCUUGGUCUCCAAAGUGGUGACCACAUCACAUAAGAAGCGGGGCGCCAAUGUACUGUCAGCAUCCUACUCGCGGCCGAAGGACGAUAAUUACGACUGGUCGCGGCAGUACCAGCUCAACUUCAAGGAGGAACGGGCCCAGGACGGCGCGCGGCUCGUUUUGUUGAUUGACGAAGCUGAAAAAACGGCGACCUUCGUGGCGCCCCAGCCGAAGCGCAUGGAGCUCGAUAAAGGGCGCAGUACGGACGCCGCGCGCGAGGACGCGGACACGCCCAUCGACACGGAGUGGAGCGGCGUGACGGAGGUCGCCUACGAAGCGACCGACGGGCAUAAAGCAAGGGGCUUCGACGCUACAUCACGGAACGCGUGGCGCGCGCGCAUGCGCGCCGUCGACGCCGACGACAUUUCCGCGGACGAGGACGUCUCCGAGUCCGAGGAGUCGAGCGACGGCGAGGAGGGCUGAGGAGCUUUUUAAGGACCUGGUUUAUUCUAUCUUUCGCGUCGGCCGGCGUGCAGGCGGUCGCUUCAUCCGCUUGUAGAGCUGCGAGGAGGUGUUCGGGGCUAGAGGGGCUAGCUAGGGUUCAGUCGAUCGAACACCACCCGUCGCGCGUGAUUGGUCAUAUCCGGCUGCGUUGCAGGCUGGGACGCAACAUCUCGUGAUAAUUUGCGCUUGCAGGCUGCGCUGCCGCGAGGCGCCUGCAGCUGGACCUCGUGCUGCAACAGGGGCAGCCCU